GCAGGGCCAAUGGAUGCUAAUCUUCCAAGAUGUGGAAAUAGCAGAUGUCCUCAACAAGACAUGUGUAACAGUAGAUGUACCCAACAGGACACUGAUAGAAACAACUGGAUGAUGCACAGCCAGUACAUGCUGAUCUUCCAAGAAGAGGAAACAGCAAAUGCACCCAACAGUACAUGGAGAAAACAGUAGAUGCACCCAAAAGAACCUGAUAGAAACAGCUGGAGGAUGAAUAGCCAAAGGAUACUGAUCUGACAUUUAUUAGCUGCAGCAAACAGAACUUUGUGGAAACAGCUGGAAUAGACAAGCUUGAUAAUAAUGUUGCAAGAUGAGAAAACAGCAAAUGCACCCAAAAGGACUUGGUGAAAAAAUCUGGAGGAGGCAAGGCCAAUGAAUCUUGAGGCAAACUUUACAGACAAUGAUUUUCUAAUAUGCGAAAACACCAACUACACCCAAAAGAUAUUAGUGGAAACAACUAAAAUAGACAAGCCUGAUGGACACUAUGGUUUUCAAGAUGUGGAAACAGCAGAUGCACCCAACAAGACUUGGUUGAUUAUACAACUGGAGGAGACUUGCCUGAUGGAUGUUGACUUUUCCACCAAGAUACCACAGUGGAUAGCUGAUACUAAUCAGAAAAUAAAAGAAAUUUUAGAAGGAUCAUCCUGGAGAUCAUAUCCAUAUGUGGAUGAAAAAGCAGGACUUGAUGCAGGAUCAAUCCAAAUCUUCACUGAUGUGAAUGCAUUCUAG